AUGUUCCUGGGUGUUAUUAUACUUGAGAUUCCAUCAAAUAUUAUUCUACACAAGAUUGGGCCUCGACAAUGGAUCAGUGGACAAGUCUGCAUCUUCGGCAUAAUAGCAUGUCUGCAAAUGUUUGUGCGCAAUAAGUUGGGCUUCCUACUCACUAGAACAUUUUUGGGUCUUGCCGAAGCUGGGUAUAUCCCCGGUGCAAUGUAUACACUUUCCACCUGGUAUACCAAGGAAGAGUUGACAAAACGCAUCGCCAUAUUCUUCUUUGGCAUGUUUGGUGGAACAGCUAUUUCUCCACUUCUCGGAGCUGCUUUUUUGAAACUGGACGGAAAAGGUGGUCUCUUUGGCUGGCAAUGGAUCUUCCUCGUCGAGGGUCUAUUCUCCGUUGCGGUAUCAUUCGUUCUCUUUUUCUUUCUUCCUGAACACAAGGAAGUCCCUGUGUCGGCCGAUGAAGUGAACAUUUCGGAGUCUGGAGGACUUCGCCUAACGGAGAAACCAUUGACCCAGCCUGGCAAAACGCAUAUUUCAUUCAGCUUGGUUUGGAAGACAUUGACAAACUUCCAGAAAUGGCCGCAUUUUAUUGCCACAGGCUGUGUCUUCGCUACCUGGAGCCCUCUCACAACAUAUACCCCAAGCAUUUUCAUGGAACUGGGGUUUCCCCGAGUGAGGGCAAAUGCAUUGUGUGCAAUCGGAAGUUUGCUCACUCUCCCCGUGAUUUUGUUUUUCGCGUGGGUGAGCGACAAAUCGAACAAGAGGGGCCUUACUGUCAUGGUUGCUAUCUUCGUGUACUUGAUCGCGUUGGUAAUUCUAAGAAUCGCAGUUCACCAUGUGGAUAAAUGGGGCAAGUUCGGCCUCUGGACAACAGUCAAUGCCCUGGCUGUGGGCUAUCAUCCAAUUCACAAUUCUUGGAUUCAAAUCAACUGCAAGAGCUCUGAAGAGAGGAAUAUAAGUGUUGCGUGA